UUUUACGUACACGAAAGCGUUUUGCAACUUUAACACACUCCCCUACUGUCAGCUUGCGCGUCAUUUGCCCUGUGCUCAGCUGACACAACGCGGUUUAUUAUGCUUUUGGGAGGAAGAGUAGGCUUGUGUGUAUUUCACCAAAGACUCGCUUCAGGAUCCAAGUAUUUACCGUUGAUUGUUUAUCAUCAUCGCAACAUGUCUUCGACCGGAUCAACACAAUUGAAACGCCCGAUUUCACUACUGGGAUCGAUGGCGUUUGGGGAGCGUGCUGACGCGGAGACAAGCACAAAAAUGGUGAAAGCCUACUUGGAGCGCGGCCACAAUGAUUUGGACACUGCCUUCAUGUACACAGACGGACAGGCAGAAACUAUCAUUGGGGGAAUGAAUCUACCCAAAACGGUGAGCAUUGCCACCAAGGCCAACCCCUGGGAAGGAAAGACCCUGAAACCAGAGAGUGUGCGUUCUCAGCUGGACACUUCUCUGAAGAGACUGCGUACACAGUGUGUGGACCUCUUCUACCUCCAUGCUCCAGACCAUCAGAACCCCAUCCAGGACACACUGCAGGCCUGCCAUGAGCUCUACAAAGAGGGGAAAUUUAAGGAGCUUGGCUUAUCAAACUAUGCUGCAUGGGAAGUGGCUGAAAUCUUUACCAUCUGCCGACACAACAACUGGAUUCUUCCCACUGUUUAUCAGGGAAUGUACAAUGCCACCACACGACAGGUGGAGACAGAACUGCUACCAUGUCUGAGAUACUACAGCAUCAGAUUCUAUGCAUACAACCCUCUGGCAGGGGGCCUUCUCACAGGGAAGUACCAUUAUCAGGACAAAGAAGGUUCUCAGCCUUCAGGACGUUUCUUUGGUAACAACUGGGCUGGUGCUUACAGAGACAGGUACUGGAAGGAGAGCCACUUCCAGGCAAUAGACCUUGUUCAGAAGGCCAUGGAGACAGCGUAUGGCUCAAACAAACCCUCCAUGACGUCUGCUGCUCUACGCUGGAUGUACCACCACUCCCACCUCAAGGGUGAUUUGGGAGAUGGUGUAAUCAUUGGGAUGUCCAGUAUGGAGCAGCUAGAUCAAAACCUUUCUGCCUCUGAGGAUGGGCCGCUGGAUGAGCGUGUGGUGGAGGCAUUCAAACAUGCCUGGGACCUGGUGGCCCACGAGUGCCCCAAUUACUUCCGCUAGAUGGCUCCUCAACAACCCUGGCUAGUCUAGAGCCCACAUCUGAUCGACUAUAUCCACUGACUGUUGCCUUUUUACCAAAUGUGCCGUAUACAGUUAGCUAAUUAACAUGUACAGUGAGAUGUAGGUUUUUUAUAAAUAAGUCAGUUUGGUUAUCAGAUUGAUGCUUUAAUGAAAUUAUUAAGAAAAGUGGCGAUUAUGAUUUUGGUCCUAUUAUAUCACUUCAUGUAAAUUGAGGGUAGUUGGGUUCAGGAAACUUUUUCUGGUGGCUGUCUUGACUUUAAUAAACUGGAGCAAUUGGGACAGUAUUUUUUUCCUUAAUGAUAUCUGCCACGGCGUUGCGAUUUUACAGCCUAGCUUAAAGAUAUACUUCGCAUUAACAAUUCCAACUUUCUUUUGUGGGAUGUUUUAUAGGACACAACCCAGCAUACUGUAAGUUUGUACUGUUGUAUUUGAGUGGACCAAAAAAAAUGUAUAAAGCACAAAUGUAUAUACA